AGAAGCAAAUUGUCUAUUCGCCAUUAAAAUGGCGUCAUCUAAGGAAACCUAUUGUUUGUGUGGUCAACCUUAUAAUAUUGGACAAUUUAUGAUAGAAUGUGAUUGCUGUCGUGAGUGGUUUCAUGGCAGUUGCGUUGAUGUCAAAAUAUAUCAUUCGGACGACAUAGACAAGUAUCACUGCCCAAAAUGUGCACAGACAUACGGACCGUCAGUAUUAAAAAUACCAACAAACAAUCAUCGGGCGGAUCGCUACGAGCUGGGAGCGGAGACUCGGCCCUCACAGGUCGGGACUCCGGCGUGGGUGCGGGCGCUGGCCGCUCGGCCUCUCCGGCCGGCCCCUGCAGCCCUACAGCGCAUGAGCCCACAUCAGUUCACUGAGGAGUUCAUCAGAGAUAAUGGUUUCACGCGACCGGUAACGUUUACCACGUCAGACGGCUUGGACAUGAAGACGCCCAACCCUGGCACCUUCACAGUCAGAUCCGUGCUCAGGUACUGUGGAGCACAGCUUGAGGUGGAAGUGAUAGACGUACGGAAGCAGUCGACGCUUCGCAUGCCGCUGGGUGACUUCGUGGACUACUUCGAGACCCCGCCUGAGCACAGAGAUGAGAAGGUGCUCAAUGUCCUCAGCCUGGAGUUCAGUGAGACUAACAUGUCCCGCGUGGUGGAGCCGCCGGGCGUGGCGGUGUGCCUGGACUGGGCGGAGCGCGUGUGGGGCGGCGCCCGCGAGGGGCCCGCGGGUGGGCAGCCCGCCGCCGGCCCGCCCGCGCCGCACGUGCGCAAGUACUGCCUCAUGUCGGCCGCCGGCGCAUACACCGACUUCCACGUCGACUUCGGCGGCACCACCGUCUGGUACCACGUGCUGCACGGACGGAAGAUAUUCUACCUAAUCCCGCCGACAGCGACCAACCUCGCGUUGUACCAGCAAUGGAGUGCGGCCAACAAUCAGAACGAGAGGUUCUUCGGAGACAUGGUGGAAUGGUACGGGACGGCUGAAGUAUCUGCGGGGCAGACCCUCUUCAUACCCAGCGGGUGGAUCCAUGCAGUGCUAACUCCGUGUGACUCUCUGGUCUUCGGAGGCAACUUCCUCCACUCCUACGCCAUUGAAAUGCAAUUACAGAUCUAUGAAAUAGAGCGUCGCGUGGAGACGCCGACAAUGUUCCGGUACCCGUUGUUCGAGGCGAUGCACUGGUACGCCGGCGCACAUCUACUCACCAUGCUGCGCCGCCAUAAUGAGGAGAUACAAGAUGAGGAGUUCACGCUGAGUGAGAGUAGCACCCGUCCGACGCCGGUUGCAAUUCCCCCCCUCCUACUGCGCGGGAUCAAAAUACUCGCCAACGCGCUCAAGGAGUGGCAUGCACUUAAAAGCACAGACACAGCGAAACGCGACAACGUGCCUAAAUGCCUCAACUCCGGCCAGCUGGUGAGGGAGCUCUGCAAGGAACUCAGGACGCUGGAGAAACGGACCACUACCACCGCCAGUAAAGAUAAGGACUUCAAAGUGAAGAACCACUCGUCUCCAACCAAAUCUCAUUCAAAGAAAUCACAGAGCAGUUCGAAGAAAUCUCUAAAGUUGACGUUACCAAAGCCAAUAAUGCACAUGGGACAAAAUGGAGAGUUUGUCGAGGAGAAGAAUUACAAUGAUAAGUUUUAUAUUGAUAAUAAGGAGGUAGUAUACCAAGAGCGUUACGUGACAACACAAGACGGCAAGUACGGCAACGGGGUCCCGGACACCAAGUACGUGGUGGAAGGCAAGGAGAUGGUGAUCGCGGACAAAGGGUACGCCUACCAGACGUACGAGGAGGUCUCAUAUCCAGAUGGUAAUGGGUACGUCGACCGGCCCGACAAGAAGACCACUUUAAAGAUUAAGAUGAACAAUUCGCCAUCAUCAUCACGCGACGACGCACCACCUCCAUAUUCUUUACCGGAGCAUUCCAUUCUGAAGUCCCACCUCAUCCGAUCAGACCGACCCACCCUGAAGCCUAUACAUCAAUGGACCAUCUCCAAGAAGGACAUCGGAGACUACCAAGAGGAACAGAUCCUAUUUACCAAUGAAAAUCUGCAAACUAACGUCAGAAUUGAUGGACAGGAAAUGAAUUAUGGACCUGGCAUGUAUUCAGCAGAGGACAUACAGCAAGACUACCAGUACUCCGAGUCUGCGAAGCCUGGAUCAUAUCAGCCCGUGUACAACUACCAACAACCUCAGCACAUAGCGUACACUACCGUCGAUAACUACCAGAGAUACGAAGAAGUGCCCAGUGUUCAUCAGCAAACGGCAAGUUAUAACAACGUGGCGGUGGAAGAGACGGUGAAUGGAGACUACCAUCAGAACCAGCUCCCCUCGUACGAUGCGGCCAUAGCUCACCAGUAUACCGCUACUACUAACUAUGUGGUAGAAGAAUCAAAGCCAGGCGCAUCGUCCGCCCGGUCCCCCCCGGCGGCGCCGGCCCCGCGGCGGUCGGAGCGUCCGGUCCGGCGGCGCGUGUCCAACACGUACGACUACGAGGACUCCGACCUGUACAUCGACGACACGCCCGCGCCGCGCCCGCGCAAGACCAAGCACAACAAGCACUACCGACGCACCGAACCUAAUGAUUGUGGAUCCAGUUACAUUAUGACAACAUCGAACGUGUCGAGCUACAAGCAGGGCUCUCGGCCGGCGCCCGCCAACGGCAUCGAGUCCCUCAUACAGGCCUCCGUCUUGGCCGAGGAAGAACAGCCUGCCAAUGAGACUGAGCCAGAAGACGCGGCGGUAGCAGGGAUGCUGAGCAUCAGCUCCAGGUUCACGGCGCCGCAGCGUACGUUCGGUCUGGCCAGUGACUCCCCCGUACCGCGCCGCGCCAGGAAACCACCGCCUGAAGAGGACCUGGCUGAUGAGGAGGACGUCAUCAAGGAAGUACAUCGAGAUGAGGAGUAUGUUUAUCCAUCGUUAGAAAUGAGUUCGGAUGAGGACGAGGAGUGGACGGCCUCGAAGCGACGGAGAAAUGCGAGGAACAGGGUAGAUUCCAGGUCCAAAGGAGAAAAAGACGAGGCGUGGUCCCCCCGCGCGCGGCUGGGCCGGCUGGUGCCGCGGCUGCGCACGGCGGCGCGCGCCGGCGUCCGCCGCGAGUGUGUGCGCGCCGCGCUGCACGCCGCCGCGCACAGGCACGACGCGCCGCACCAACAGCCAAAUGCAAAGCGAGCAGUGAUAGCGACAAAAAGCAAACGGCCUCCCCCGCCUGUACACAAUACGCCAAAUAAUAAGAAUGCAAGACUGAAGAAAGGUAUGAAGACAGCGAAGCAGCGUCUCGGUAAAAUCCUUAAAAUACACAAAAUGAUAUAUUAAUUAUAACUAAUUAGUUUAUUAGAUUACGCGUGACAGACGGACGUAAGUAGAUGUAUAUUUUAUAUAUGUAUUGUAUAUAAGCACGGACCAAUGCGUGUCGAGGUCGAAUGAUGACUAUGGAUCUUAUUAAGCGAUUUUAAAAAAGAAAAAUAUUGCAUUAUUUAUAUACUUAUGUAUUAUAUUUAGCUAAUAAAUUAAUCAAAGAAAGUUUCCAUUUUGUUGUCUGUGCUUUGAGAAACAAGAUCUUUAUUUAAAAUGCAUAAUACAACUAAUUUCAAUAUGUAAUUGACAUAAUAUGCAAUCUACACAAAAAAGCUAGAAAAUUCGUGAGACAUAUUAAAUUAACUAAAAAUCACGAUUUACUCGCGUACGUUAAUGGUGAAAAUCUCUACUAGUUUCGAUUACAGAGGGACUCUUCAUCAUAAGUAGUGCGCAGAUGCGGCGACAUCGCGCAGCCUACAGUACGCUUAGUAUGAGUUUGCUUUACUAAACGAAACGAGAGCGCAUUCGGCACUCUGAUUGGUUGGUUCAUUCGCGCCGGCCAAUCAGAACGCCGAAAGCGCGUUCAUUUCGUUUUUCUUGAACGUAAAGUAAACGAUACUAAGGGUUCAGUAGGCUGCAGUAACCCGUGAUUUUUCAUAAAACUAGAAGAUAUAUAAAUGGUGCAAUGUUUUUGUUAAUUAUUAUAGUUAUAUACCAGGUGGAAAUAAAUUAAAUACUUUGAUUUCAACGUAGGUAGCUCUGUGCAGUUCGGUUUCUAAAACUGAACUGUUUGCCUAGAAUCCUAGAAUGUCCAUUUUUAUACCUAAGGUAAUUCGAUAGAGUAGUUUAUUCCCAUUAAAAUCAAAUCUAGGAACAUAUACCUAAGCUUUUUAUUUAAAAGUGUUGAAGAUACGAAUAGACUACGACGCAAAUUGGCAUAAAUGUCAGAGGGCUAAAUACGAGUGUUUUACGUUUAAUGAGAUUGGAAAGAGAACGCGUUCGGCUCUGAUUGGCCGGCACGAAACCACCCAAUCAGUACCUUUAGAGUUCGAGUUACGAGUUUGCUUUAACGUUCGGCGCUCUGAUUGGUUGAUUUUUUCACAUCGACAAAUCAGAGGGCCAACGCGCUGUCGUUUCGUUUUUAUUUAACGUAAAGCAAACUGGUACUAAAGGUAAGUACUGUACUAUUGACACUUAUACGGUAAGAUGGCGGACGAUUCUGCACUACUUAGUAUUGUGUCCCAAUAAAAUUAUCCAAAUACAGACACGCCUGUUCACAUAGAAACAUUAGAUUUAUAUAUGGAAUGUAUAAUGUCGUAGUCUAUUCGUUAAAUUAUUAAAAAAUAGGUCCCAAGAAAACUGAACGCACAAAACACAUCAAAACUUUGUACUAAUCAUCGAUUUUUAUAAUCGUAACUCUAUUAAUAUGAUCAUUGUGUGGCUAUACAUACAAAUGUAUGGCUUACAAAUUACGGUAAAGACGCUUUGGUAAUCGCACCAGGCGAUAUGAUACGAGUAUUAAAAGGUGACGAAUUGAUUCUAUUCGGCUAUCACCGUGUAAAGCCUUGUAUUCAUGGUAAACAUUUUGUUUAGCAACAUGGUUGCAUAAACAUGUUGCGGGCAACACUUGUGUUGCGGAGUUGAUCGCGCCAUGCUGCAGAGUUGACGCCCGGCGAGCGAAAACAUCACUUUAUAUAUUAUUAGUUUAAACAAAGUUUCCAGCAGCAUUCUCGCUAUUCAUCAACAACGUUGAUCAACUGUUGCUAAGAAAAUGUUUGAGUGAAUACGAGGCUUUAGGGUGAGUUCACAUUUGACGGAACAUACGUCGCGUAACGCCAGAACAGACAAAUGUAUAGAAAAACAAUUGACCAUUCACUCUCAAUGUACUGACGUAUCAUCGGUCGAGUGUGAACGGUCAAGUGUUUUUUUAAUCCCCGCAUAUCUACAGUGUUUGAAAAGUAUGUAAAGCGAAAAUUAAAUUAGAUAUAAUGACUUUUUUAUUUUUAAUUAGUAUUUUUCCACCUGAUAUAUUAACAAAUAUUAUCUUGAUUCAGAAUAACCAGUGAUGAGCUACUCUCAUAUUUGAGUCGUGAACAUACUGAUAAACAAUUUGCUACACCAUAUUUGUU